UAAUCCACAGAACGGACGCGGGAAAGCCCACCGAGCCUCCGGCACGACGAAUCCAACGAUCCAGAAGCGCCCAACGUGGCUCGGGAGCCGCUCCUAUAAAACCGCCUCCUGGCUUCAAAGCUUCCGCCGCCGCCACCACUCGCCUCUUCCUCCCCGCCGCCGCUCCGCUCGCUCGCAGGUCGCAGCAGCCGCCGGCAAAAUGGCCCCGAAGAGAGGAGGCAAGGCGCCGGUUACCGCCAAGAAGAAGACGGUGGUGACGAACCCGCUGUUCGAGAAGAGGCCGAAACAGUUCGGGAUCGGCGGUGCGCUGCCUCCCAAGAAGGACCUCCAUCGCUUCGUCAAGUGGCCCAAGGUCGUGCGCAUCCAACGGCAGCGCCGCAUCCUCAAGCAGCGCCUCAAGGUGCCCCCGGCGCUCAACCAGUUCACCCGUACCCUCGACAAGAACCUUGCAACAAACUUGUUCAAGAUGCUUCUUAAGUACCGCCCUGAGGACAAAGCUGCCAAGAAGGAGAGGCUUUUGAAGAGGGCCCAGGCUGAAAAUGAAGGGAAAACAGUUGAGGCGAAGAAACCAAUUGUUGUGAAGUAUGGCCUCAACCAUGUGACAUACCUCAUCGAGCAGAGCAAGGCCCAGCUGGUUGUCAUAGCUCAUGAUGUUGAUCCGAUUGAGCUGGUUGUGUGGCUCCCAGCCCUUUGUAGGAAAAUGGAGGUUCCAUACUGCAUUGUCAAGGGAAAAGCACGCCUUGGAUCGAUCGUCCACAAGAAGACCGCAUCUGUUCUUUGCCUGACCACUGUCAAGAAUGAGGACAAACUUGAGUUCAGCAAGAUCCUGGAGGCUAUUAAGGCCAACUUCAACGACAAGUUUGAUGAGGUCAGGAAGAAGUGGGGCGGUGGUAUCAUGGGCUCCAAAUCGCAGGCGAAAACCAAGGCCAGGGAAAAGCUGCUCGCUAAGGAGGCUGCUCAGCGGAUGACUUAAAUCUUGCCCUGUUAAGUUUAUCUUGUACUUCUCCUGAUCGUGUGCAAUCAUAUUCUGGUUGUCUGAUCUAGUUUUGAGAGUUUUGCUCGUGAGACCAUGCUAGAAAAAAACCUUGUAAGAAUUGAAAGUUUUUGUUUGGUGCUCGUUAGUUUAUAUGACUCGACUACUAUAUCAGUGGUGAAUUUCUCCUGGUUAUUUUCUGUGCAAUUACUAGUUUACUACAUGAA